GUCCCAAACCCUGGUGCCUGUGAAUGUGACCUUAUUUGAAAAGAUGGUCUUUGCAGAUGUCAUCAAGGUAAGAUUAGAUCAUACUGAAUUAGGGUGGCCUAAGCCCAAGGAUUGGCGUCCUUAAAAAGAAGAGGACACAGACGUGUACAGGGAAUGGCAGUGUGAAGGAGGCAGAGGCUGGAGGGGUGCAGCCCAGAGCCAAGGCCCGCCAGGCAGCAACCCCAGGAGCUGAGGGCAGGGCCUGGGAAAGAAGCUCCCCCGAGCCUUGUUUUCAGACUUCUGGCCUCCAGACUGUGAGAGAAUAUAUUUCUGUUGUUUUAAGCUGCCCAGCUUAUGACUUUUUCCGUGGCAGGAAAAUAAUACGCAGGAUGUUUUUAAAGGAAAUUUCAGCAAAAAUGAACCUGAAUGUAAAAUAGGGACUAUAGUUAACCGUAUGUAUCAAUAUAGGUUCCUCGGUUGUAACAAAUGCAAGGUGUUCAUAGUACGUGGAGUUCUCUGUACUAUCUGCUCAAUUAGUCUGCGAAUCUAAAACCAUACUAAAACAAUAACGUGUAGUCCUUUUUCUUUAAGGGGGAAUUUCAGGACACAAGAGUGGCCCUACUCUUGAUUCAGCCUAGUUCACGGGGCAUCCUCUUGAGCCACGGCUGCACUGACCCGGGAGGAGCUGAGUUAGGCCAAGACAGUGGCCUGGAGCCAGGACAGUUCUGGGGCCUCCAAACAGGGAGAUCUGGUAUUGCUGACCUGUCAGAAGCCCCCUGGCCAGAAGGCCAAAGCAAUGUGGAGGAGACGUUAGUGACUUCAGAGCACGGCCACCACCACUGCCACCAUGUGCCUCCUCAACAAGCCCAAGGGUGAGAUGACCCCGGAGGAGCUGCAGAAGCGGGAGGAGGAGGAGUUUAACAUGGGUCCACUCCCCGUGCUCACACAGUCGGUCAAGAACAACACCCAAGUGCUCAUCAAUUGCCGCAACAAGAAGCUCCUGGGCCGUGUGAAGGCCUUUGAUAGGCACCGCAACAUGGUGCUGGAGGAAGUGAAGGAGGUGUGGACCAAGGUCCCCAAGAAUGGCAAGAGCAAGAAGAAGUCCAAGCCAGUCAACAAGGACCGCUACAUCUCCAAGAUGGUCCUGUGUGGGGACUCGGUCAUUGUGGUCCUGCGGAACCCGCUCAUGCAUCGCCAGCAAGAAGGGGCCUUCUCCCCACCGUUAGAACUUGCCCCCUCGUUUUUCAAAGACCUGCCCUUUGCGCUGGGAAUAAUAAAGUCCUGUGUUUUUUCUAAAAAAAAAAGGAAGCCCCCUGGCCUCGCUCAACAGUGA